GAACAGAAGGCUUGUAGAAAUGGUUGGUUUUGGACCUGCAGAUGUGCCUCCGUCAGCAGCUGUAAAGUUUGUGGGAGCAGGAGCUGCAGCCUGCAUCGCCGACCUGCUCACCUUUCCACUGGACACGGCCAAAGUGAGGCUGCAGAUCCAGGGUGAGAGCAACACAGCCAGCUCAGUGAGGUAUCGUGGCGUGUUCGGCACCAUCGUCACCAUGGUGCGCACAGAGGGACCUCAGAGUCUUUACAGUGGACUGGUGGCUGGACUCCAGAGACAAAUGAGCUUCGCCUCUGUCCGUAUUGGUCUCUACGACUCUGUCAAACAAUUCUACACUCGAGGCUCUGACCAUGUUGGCAUUGGCAGUCGGCUGCUGGCGGGAUGCACCACCGGAGCCAUGGCUGUUGCGUUUGCUCAGCCCACAGAUGUGGUGAAGGUUCGUUUUCAGGCUCAGGCAAUGUCCGGUGAGCACGCUAGACGCUACUGUGGCACCAUUGAUGCUUACAAGACCAUUGGUAGGGAAGAAGGCAUUCGGGGGCUUUGGAAAGGUACAAUGCCUAACAUUGCCCGCAACGCCAUCGUUAACUGCACGGAACUGGUGACAUACGACUUCAUUAAGGAUCUGCUUCUCAAGUCCACUCCUCUGACUGACAACCUGCCCUGCCACUUUGCCUCAGCCUUCGGUGCCGGGUUGUGCACGACCGUGAUCGCCUCUCCGGUCGAUGUGGUCAAGACGAGGUACAUGAACUCUGCUCCCGGCCGGUACAGCAGCGUCCUCGUCUGUGCUACCGCCAUGAUGACCAAAGAGGGUCCACUUUCUUUUUAUAAGGGGUUCAUGCCAUCGUUCUUACGGCUGGGCACCUGGAACGUGGUGAUGUUUGUAACUUAUGAGCAGCUGAAACGAGCCAUGAUGGCUGCAAAUCACAGCUACGUGGCUUCACUGUAGUCAAUGAUGUCUAUCUGAAGGCUGGU